GAGGAGCCCAGCCUCCCACCGCUCAGUCGGUCGACACACAACGGCCCAGGGCCCCAGUCAGGCCUGCCAUCGUCGGUGCGGCUGCGGAGGUAGGACCGGCCCGGGGUUCGGGGGGUCCGGAUGGAUGGACAGAGGGACGCGGAGGACCCGGGACCUGCCCCCGGAGAGGGGGAGAGGGCACCCGGCCGGCCCGCACCGCACAGCACCGGCCCGGGCGGCCGACCGACCAGGACUCUUACAGGGGAACAAUGACAGCUCUGGAAGUGACUGGGGAAGUUUUAAAAGAUGAGCAGGGGUUUGAAGAAGAUGAAAACUAUGUAGUCUAUGGAUGCUCCCCAACCCAAAUUAUGGAAGAGACUCAAUAUAUAAAAACGAUUAGAAGUACCCUGGAGAAAAUCCGAAGCCAGUUUAAAGAAGACAACCAUAAGAUUAUAGUUCCCAAAUUUGGUUCCAAGCAGCAUUUUCAAAAUGUUCAAGAUGUCUCCCAGUUUGAACCGGAUGCCUCUCGGUCCAAUUUUAAUCAAAUUACCGAGAAGAUGAAAGAGAAAGACUUGCAGCUUUUGAAGAUUAACGAAGAGAAUGAAAUUCUAAAAAUCAAGUUGGAAGCCUCAAGAGAAGCAGGUGCAUCAGCUCUGAGAAACGUGGCCCAGAAAUUGGAUGAGACUUACCAGAGACAGUCUGAAGAAUUCAGAAAAAAACAUGAGGAUGAUAAACACUUAAUUCAGGUGGGCAACCUUGAAAAAGAACAGACCUUCAAACAACAUUUGGAAAGUUUGCAUCGAGUAGCUGAAAGACUUGAAGAUAAAAGCAGUCAAAUCACAGAAAUGGAGAAACUAGUGAAGAGAAUGGAAGAGGAAAAGAGAUUACUAAUAGAAAGAAAAAAGUCUUUUGAAGCAAAGCUACCACACCUCACAGUGAACUCUAAAAAUCCCCAAAGCUUUCAGAACCUUGAAAUGGAGAUUUCCACUCUCCAGGAGCAGAUUUCCCAUUUGGAGAAUGUGAUUCACUCCCAACAUCAGAACCUACGCAAUGUCAUACAGGAGACUGAAACCCUAAAAAAUGAUGUAGAAGAACAGGAUGAGAAAAUCGAGAAUCUGAAGGAAAAGAUCAUUGUCUUGGAAGCCCAGAAUAAAGUACUAAAGAAGAAGAUGGAUCUUUGGUCUGAGUGCACCAAGUUGAAGGUAUCCAAGGCAGUGUCCACAGGAGACUCCCUGAGUGAAAACACCUCCCCGUACUUGAUGCUUAUUAGACUGAGGAAAUGAAACAUCUCAAUUCAGUUCUGGAUCAUCACAGAUUUCCCAUUAUGAUGAGGCCUUUGAUAAACCAAUUCUUUCUUUCAGGGGCUUUGAAAUAUAGUCUAACUCCAAGGUUUAUAUUCUCAUAAUCAAAAGCACAUCCAGCAGUGGUAAUUAAAACAAAACUGUAGAGGGAGUGUCCUAUAGGAAGAAGAGAUCUAGCAGAAAAACGAGCAACAGAGGAAGGCAAAUAUUUCCUCAUUCCUGUGGUCCGGCUUCUCUUGGUCUAAUGGGAAAAUCUUCCCCUUGCCCAGGACAGGUGUUUACUGUUAUUUUAGAUCUUGUUUUGUAUAUUAAAUGAGACAGUCUUUUCUGUCUUAUUAUAGAUUCCCCUAGAACCAUUUCCCUUUUCAGAUAGGAAAUGCAGGUUAACCAAAUUCGUUCAUUCAAUCAUAUUUAUUGAGAAGUUAUUGUAUACGGAGCACUGUACUAAGCACUUGGGAGAGUACAGUACAGCAAUGAACAGACAUAUUAUUCCUUGCCCACAAUGAUCUUGCAGUCUAGACCAAAUCUUUCUCAGGCAUUGUUUCUUCCCUUGGGUUGGGUAUUGUGUGAAGUUGAUUAACAAUUAUAUUGCCGGUUCACAGAUGCUGAACAAGAAGGAGUUCUAUGAGGGGAGUCAGAGGGAAAGCAGGGCCUAAGCUAUCCUGAGAUCAACAGGCAGGGUUCUUGUCUCCUGUUUAGUCACUAAUAAUAAUAAUAAUUCUGGUUUUUGUUAAGUGCUUAUUGUGUGGCAGGCACUGUUCUAAGUGCUGGGAU